GGAAAAGGACAAAACGGAAACCGCUCCUUAUUUUAUUGACGUCGAGCGGAAAUGGGUUGUCGGGAAAGGGCAAAUGAUACAGGAAACGGAUUUUCCUAAUGAGCGGAUAAGACUCAAAUGGCCUUUCUUUUGCCUCAGUUUACAUAUUCAACAAUACUCUUGGCUGUUGAUUUCGGCCAAACUUUGGCGAAAUAUUACUUGUGUUUUUGAAAAGUGAAAGGGGUAUUGGGUUUGUAUUAGUAACUUCGACGAAAGGCGAUUUUGACAGCGUAUCGGUUUGCGUUUUGACACCGCGUGUGGACGAAAAUAUAUCUUUGAAUGAAGAGGGUUUCGUCAACGUAAAAUAUAAGCGAGGUAAACAAUUUUUCACAUAUAUUAUAAUCUGUGAAGUUACGAAAUAUGUUUCGAAUCUGACAUACCAUAGCGCUUAGUUUAACAUACCGUAGUUUUAAUACCAAUACGUAUAUGUAUGUUUUUAUGCUCGUUCACAUGGUGCAAAUUUAAUAUGUGAAUUUUCCUAUUGUGUUAUGAUUGUUUUAUAGUAUGUAGUUGGCUGGGUUUAUAGUUUACGAAUUCUAAAUUAGAACCGUUUCUAUACAGUCAGACCUCUUCUAUUAUGAAAAGACACUGAAAACUGGUCAUAAUGAAGUCCACAUUUAAUAGAAAUUCUGCAGGAUUAGACCAGGCUGACUUGGCCACGAGAUCCUGCUUUUGUUUAGCCCAUUGAGCGUCAGUGCUUUCCCUUUGACAAGUAAUAUUGUCUGGCAUUAGGCAGCGAAAAAUAGUAAUAGGGCACACUGCAACUCAAUGGGUUAACUAGAUAGGUGGGUAGAUAAUCUGUUAGCCUAUUGAGCACUAGUGUCUCCACUAGCUUGACAAGUAACAUUGUCUGGCAUUAGACAGAAUAAAUAAUUAAGUUGGGUCACAGAAUAGACUAUACAGAAGCCCGACUUCUUGGUUAUUCCUAUGAUUUACCGAUAAUGUUGGCAUACCGUAAUUCGUCAUCAAAAUGCUGACGCCAUGGGCCUUGCCAGUGCGCUUUGAAAGGCAUUUGUCCCCCUGAAAAUAUUCAAAAUGGCAGAAAUCCAGGGGGGUAAUGCCUCUCAUAAGUGCACUGGCUAGGCCCAUGGCAUCAUCAUUUUGAUGACACUAACAAAUUAGCGAUUACUCGAGUCAACCUUUUGUAUGUCUUUAUUCUGUGGUUGGGUGCAUUGGGGUGCAAUUAGCCUGCAGAGCUGGUGUUUUGGUUGGGAGCGAAGUAAACCAAAAUGCCUGGUCUGCAGGCUAGGGUGCAAUACACCUGAUUAAUCAACUCAUUGUACAUCAGCAUUUUCCCCUUCAUAAGUAAAAUCUUGUGGUGUUAGACAGAGUAAAGUAAUGAAGUAGCCUUGUACAUUUGGCACAAUGCAUCUGAAUGGUUCAAUAAUGCAUUUUAAGAAUGUAGUCACAUUUCUAUGAGUUAUAUGCCGAUCGAUACAAGAUCCCAGCAUUGCCUGGCUCAAUGAAACUUUUAAGUCAAAAAUGAUGUUUAUUUCACCAAAAACCAUUUCAGGAAUUCAACCAUUUCAGGAAUUCCCUUGACAAGUAAAGUCAUCUGGCAUUAUAAUAGACAGAUGUACUGUAGGCUUAAUGUUACAUACACAAAAACAACACUUUAUAGCCAAAGGGUCAUACUUUCCAGAAGGAUGUAUUAUAAUAACUGUAAUGUAGUUUUCUUAUUAAAUGGUACAUGUAUGAUAAGGUCGGGAAUCCUGGCUAAAGUUUUCUAUCUUUUUGUUGUGCACAGGUGGAAAACAUCUGGCAGUAUUUUGCCAGAAAAUUUUUUUCUUACAUUUUUAUAUACAUUGAAUUGUCAUAUGUUUGAUUAACCCCUUAAGUGUCUUACUCUGUCUAACGCCAGACAAUUUUACUCGUCAAGGAGAGAGUCAGCUGCCACUAAAUGGAGUUAAAAAUUCCAACUCUCUUACAAAUCCAAGUUGUCAUCUGUUCAUAUUUAAGUGCCGCAUCUUCUCUGUUGGUGGCACUGUCAGAAUUUGCAGGGACGUCGCUACUGGGGGGGGGGGGGGGGGGGGGGUAACACCCCCCAAUAAUUCAAAACGUUAGUAAAAGUAGGUGAAAAUGGAAAAUAUUUGCUUAAAAUUGAAUAUCAAAGUAGGUAAAAUUUGGUCAAAGUUUGAGAUAAAAGAUGGUCAAGUUUGCUCAAAGUUAUGAAAUCGUUUGCAAUUUUAACAAUUUCUAAGCUUUGGUUAUGUUUUUGCUGAAAAAAUUGCAAGCCUUGCUUAUUUUGUAAAAAAUUUUGACCAACCAACCCACCUCCUUGUUCCCAACAUUUUUGGGAAACAUUUCUACGACUUGGUCAAAUUUCUAGGAAAAGUUGGUCAAAAUAUGACGACCCCCCCCCCCCUCCUCAAUGUUGAUACCUUUGUGACGUCCCUGAAAAUUUGUUGGGUUUUUUUCAAUUCAUUUCAGCCUAACUGAAGACCAAGCCAUGUCCAGAAAGAAGGCAACAAGGCGGAAAGUGAAAGCGACAGAUUCAUAUUCACGACACUCUCCAAACUCAAGCACUAUGGAUCAUGCACAAAAAUCAUCAGAAGAAUAUUUACCACAUGCUUCCAGUUUUCAUUCACAACAAGACGUCUCUGUUGAUAGCACAGCUCCGCAAGCGAUUCAGCUAAGAUCGUUAAUGCCUGCACAUUGGAAUGAACAGAACCAUUCAGGUAGCACAUUGAGUUCAGCGGUGAAAGUCAAAACCGAGCCAAAUGUUGGGUUGGAGCAUCAGGCAUGUUCAAAUGAGAGCAACAGACAACAUACUCCAACCUCAAAACAAGAUAACACCAGCACCUUCAAACCUGCUAAGAUCAAGCGUGAACGUCUUUCCCUGGAUAGUUCCGUAUCUGUGAGAUCUACUCAUCAAUUUCCCACUAUGGACUUGGGGUCACAUUUAGAACAGUCGCUGAGUUCUUUCAAACCAGGCCCUGACCUGACGUGGUCUCAGCUACUGGAAGCGAAGAACCUUCCAAAAGUCCAUAUUCCUGAAAGAUUACAGAGUAAUGCAGGUAUUAAAAUGGAGGGGCCUGAUUCCGGCUCGGGUAUGGUUCUGUGUUCCACAGAUGACGAUACGGACAAUCUGCCUUUGGCGCUUCGUGUUGGAAAGAAAUCAACGGUUGGAAAGAGUAAUACCGUAUCUGCAAAAGAAAAAGCUAGUUUAACCGGUUCUAGUAACAGGUUUUCCAAGAAUCACGAUGGGAGCAGCGGUGUGCUAGAUCUUUCCAAGAAAGCAAUUCCUCCCGAAAUACGCAGAGUGCUGGCUUCAAAGUACGGUGUCGCGAAGCGUCACGAGGAAGGCCACUCGGGAAGUGUCGUCCCUAACCUAAAUAAGUCGAGGUCAAGGUUUACACAAUCGUCGAAAAAAGCUGGGGUUAUAGACUCGGAAGACGAAGGCAAUAAUCGAAGUGAGACUGCAAGUUCUUCCCAAAAAUUGAAAGCAAGUUCUGAUAUGCCCAAAAGCAAAUCAGUAUCACCUACAGAAUAUCCAGGCUCGAUUCCUCUUCCAGCUAAAGUGCUUAAUCGACGAAGGUUUAGUUCAUCCACCUAUGAGGGCAGAAGAUCAACUCCUUCUUUUGAUCAUCGCGAGGCUGUUGGAGACAAACUGCAAAGUCGUGGACUUGUUGACUUGGGCUGUCAUUAUGUAAAUCAUUUAAAGGACAGUCCACCUCCAGGCAGGAAUUCUAGAUCACCUUACGAGGAAUCCGUAGGUCCUACGGAUUUAGGUAGAGAAGAUUCAACAAUUUUGGACAAAGGUGUGAUGCGGGAAGCAAAGAGCAUGCGCCAAUCACCUUUCGAUGAUCGUAAUGCUGGGUCUAGCUUUGCUAAGGGAUUACCACAGGGCGUAAGGAGGUCUUCGUUUGCCAGUGAUUCGUCUGAGACCUCCAGGUCAUUAAAUUUGAGAGGAGAGACGCUUCAUCACGAGGGUGCUAAGAAAUUGAACGAUGCUAGAUCACUGCAUGUUACUGGGCGUAAUUCAAAAUCUCCUGUAGAUUCUCGCAAUUCUGAAGAAACUAUGGUUGAUCUUGGACCUAGCACAAGUCGUUUCGGGCAUCGUAGAGAUUCGUUUCAUUCCAUAAGAAGUUCAUCUCGGUAAGUUCAUCUUUGGAAACAAUGGUUGCAGAUGUUGUUAGCAUGCUGCCCUUUGCACAUGUAAAAAUGCACAAGUUGUGCCAAACCUGCAACCGACGUGUAGCAAUACUGUUUCAACAACUUGUUAUCAGGAUGUGUUCGCACUGCUUGUUCCCAGCUUGUUAACAAGUUGUGAACACCUUGCAAAUGUUGACAACUUGCUACAAGGCUGACUACACAGACUUGUUGCAAGUUGUUUCAACAACUUGAUAUUGUGAGUGACAAUCUUGUGACAAUGACGACAGUGUUACAACUUGUUGACAUGCUCGCUAAAAGCCCGAACAUAUCUUGUUAGUUAGUUAGAAACUUUAUUUAUUGUCAUAUGUCAUCUAGCCGGUUACAAAAUAACCUUCAUCUUGUUGACAAGAUGUGAGACUUUUAUAUGUGUACUGCAGAGUUGAGCCUGCUACGGUAGGCCGAGGGUAGAGUAUUCCUUAGGAUGGAUGGCUACCCUGCACAAAUUAGAUUUUCUUGAUUUGCUAGUUGAGCUCCUGCGCCUAGGGUUUGGGUUAAUUGGGCAAGCCCAUCCUUUGUAAACGGCAUUAAAUAAAUUAUACAAUUAUCUAGGUCUCCUCUUGAUGAUUUAACAGCCAGUGGUAGUGGACCUAUGAUUGAUCUUAAUACAAGUACGAAUCAACUCCGAGUACCACAGAUGCGUGGUGGAAGAAGCCCUUUUAGUUCGUCACAUUCAAGCGAAACACCAAAUCAUUCCCAACAAAGAAAUACCAAAGAAAGGAUGAUAGAACUCGGGAGUGAUAAACCGCUUCGUGAUUAUCAUAACAAUGCAAAGCAUCCCAAUGAAAGUUCGAAGUAUACCUUACCUAGAAGUUCGUCCAGGUCACCGAUCAGGACUGAACGAUCGACAAAUACUCCACCUAAUAUUAAAGAACCCAUGAUAGAACUUGGAAGCGGCAAACAGUUCCAUGGCUACUUGGAAAAUGCAAAGCAUGCCAUUUCAAGAAGUUCGUCAAGGUCACCAGUUAGGACUGAUAAGCAUAGUGGUACUUAUUCUCCUAAUGAACCGAUGAUAGAACUUGGAAGUGGAAAACAUGACGACCAGACUAAUACAAAGCACGCUGCUCAACGAAGCCGGUCACGAUCGCCUAUGUCCACUGAUCUGGCAAGUAAAUCUGACCAUCCUGAAGCAAUGAUUCAACUCAGCAGUACGGUACAACAAAGAAGCAGAUCUCGGUCCCCUGCUUCCGGAGCAUCAGGUGAAGCAAUGAUCGAACUCAGUAGCACGAAUCCUUUACACGAGCGUAGAGGAGCACCACGUAUGAAACCUUUAGAUGCAAUGAUAGAUCUAAAUAGCAUGGAAAACCCAGCAUCUCCACUCAGUCCAGGCUUUGGAGCACUUCCUUUCUCCAGCUUUCCAAGUCAGGUCUACAGACCCCCUAACCGACCACGUUAUCCCUACAAAUCAAAACAUUAUCGUGGUCGCCCACAAAGAGGCACUUCGCCUGCAUUAGGCUCACCUGGGUUUAGCCCAAGGCUACCAUUUGGACCACAUUUUAAUUACCCGCCUAACCAGAGAUACCGAAUGCCUGGUGCGCCGAUGAUCGAGUUGGGAAGCCUUGGUAAAUCAAGCGAGUUUCAGGGUAUGGUUUCAAGUCGGUCCUCUGAAAUGCCGGGGCGGUCCGGAACGAUUCCAAAACGAAGACAUUCCAUGGAUUAUCAGAGUUUAGGCGAGCCCACGAAGAAAGCACGUGUGACAGUUCCUGAUCAGCGGCUUGAGGUAAAACCUGGGGGAAGUGGUGUAAGGCUUAAUGUAAGUGAUCUCCUGCUGUUGGAAAGAGAGGAACAAAAGUAUAUUCAAGAUCUGUCCUUGGUUCAAUCGCAACUCACGGAAAUUCGAUUUAAAAUGCAAAGAAUGCAACAGGACUUGGAUAAAUUGCAAUCCUCUGAAAUGGAAAUUAAACAACGUAUCGAUCUUGUUCGCGGGAAGAGAGUCCAGAUACUCAAGGAUGCUCAAGGUCAUCACGAAUCACAAAGGACUUCUACGGCAUUAGGUGAUAGUGAUAUGAGUACACGAAAGGAUAAGGAGGGUGAUAUAGGUACAAGGAGGGGUAAUGACGGUGAUAUGGGUAAACGAAGGGAUAAUAAUGGUGAUAUAAUUACAAGAAGCGAUAAUGAAGGUGAUAUAGGUACACGAAGGAAUAAUGGUGAUAAAGGUACACAAGAUGAUAAUGAUGUUGCAGCAUACAAUGGAGAUAACCUAGGUUUCCAUAGCAAGCGAACUGGUGAUGCGAAAGAAAGUGCACCAGAGUCGAACAGAAAAGGUUCUCGUGAUUUUCCUGAGGGAAAAAACAGUGAGUUUCGAGGAAGUUACAAUGCUGAGGGAAGCUCAUUUGAACAGACCAGAGAUAUGCGGAAAAACAGUUCAGAGAAAAAUUCUGACAAAAACAACGAAAGAAUCUCUAGCUAUGCUGGAUCAGGUAGUAAAUAUAGAAAUCUGGCUGAUGAUCGUAACCUCGCACCUUUAGAACUUGUACUGCGUGAUGCGGGAUAUCCUUCAAACAUGAGUGAUCCUCCUCGUCCCAUACUAUCAACAAAUGUUCCAACUGUUCAACAUUAUCCCAUAACGUCAAGCGGGAACGAUAGGUCUUACCAUACCACAUUUAAACCUGGGCGUAGCCAUUGGGAAAAAUCUUCACCGGGCACACCCCAGGAGAAACUCUCCACAGAAAUUGAAACUUUUGAAAGUUCCAACGGAUCAACCAUUACGUUAAACAGCGACGGGACUUUGGUGCUUCAUAAAAACGCAGCAGAAACUAGCCAGGUUGCAAGGAAGUGCUCCAAUCCUACUAUUCUCCAAGAGGCUUGUGUGGAUUUUGAUGCAAAGAAAACAGAAUACCGUGGCAUUACGUCGGAUCAAUCAAAGCAGUUUUUGGGAUGUCUUGAGAUUACAAGUACCACUGAUGAACCAUUGGCCAGUGAGGAUGACGGGCCGAAAGAGGUACUGCACUUAGGGUUAGGGAGGCGGGGGGGGGGGUACCCCCAAGUCUAAGUUAAAUGAAGUUUAUACUGUUUUCCAUAGUGGUCUAGUAAGGCUUCAUCUUCAUGAUUUCUUAUUACGAUUUUCUUUUAUCCAGGUUUUAGCUGAAAAGGAAAGAGAAUGCCUGGCAAGUAAGUUAAGGUAAUAGAACUGAUGAUAAUGUCUUAACCGUUGACCAUGAUAUCUGAAUAUUGAUAUAAUGUAAGUUAAAUACUUUUGUUGUUGUCGUCGUUGUUGUUAUUGUUGUUGCUGUCAGUGUUGUUGUUGUUGUUGUUGCUGUUGUUUAUAUUAUUAUUGUUAUUGUUGUUGCUGUUGUUGUUGUUGUUGUUAAAGUGGAAUUUAAAGUGAGUGGUUUAACCUUUGUCUAGGUGUGACCAAGAUAGGAUCUCCAGCACUGUCCCGAGCCUGGAAAUUGAACAAGGUAAAAUUUAGUAAUUUUGGUAACUCCUUGUACAGUAUAUCACGUGGUGUAACAUACGGACAAUAUUUUUUUUAGAUGACAGCAAUACUGGCUCAGCUGGCGAGAUGAAUUUUAUUGGACAUACUGAUGCAGUAUGCUGUAUACUUGUAAGUAAUGUCAUUUACUGGCACUAGAUUACGUUUGAGACGAAGAAAAUAUUAGUAUGUCGUUCUGUUUCAAAACACGAAAUGGCCUAUACAAUAUUUUCCAUUUUUCUCUCUCAAGCCAUACAAAAGAAAGUUGUUCAGUGCUUCAGCAGACCGAACUGUCAAGGCAUUUGAUAUGAAGGUGAGCUUUGAUACUUUGUAUGAUUUUUCUCCACCCUGCUCUCCUGGUCUGUGUAACACUUUGAGGCACCUUGACGUCGAUGGGACGGCUUAAAGUCCACCUAUCUCUAUAACUGCAUGAUUAGCACAGUAAUCCUGUGAUCUUCGGAGGGCAAUAGAGAGAAUGACGAUAAGCUCAGGGGUCGAUCCGUCUCGCAGUACUGAAAAUAACCAGUGGUUUUGUAUCCAAUCUCAGUGUAACCAUGUUUUUGAACACAAUUGAAAAUUCUAUUAUGUUUAUUUACAGACAGGAGAAUGCAUAAAGACGUUUAAAGGCCAUGAAUUGGCAGUGAAUUGUCUUCAGGUAAUUAUAUACAGUGCUCUAAGUUCACUUCAUUUUCCAACUACGAAAACAGCCUAACUUUAAUAUUGUAUUUUAGAUAUCUGGAUUGGGGGACAAAACAGACAGAUUGUUCACUGGAGCUAAUGAUCAUUCUGUGAGAGCAUAUAACAUUAAGGUAGAUCAAUCAUGAUGAUAUGUUGUAUAUAUAUAUAGAUCUGUUGAAAUGUAUUCAACAAAGGAACGUUGCAUGCUCUAGCAGUUUUAGACUGUUCUCCCCAGACGUCCAGUAAGGCUUUCCUGAUCGGUCCAGUGUUACCACAGGAAGAAACCUCAACUAAAAUUUUCAAGUUUCAUAUUUUUUUUUUUCAAUUUCUCAAAUAUUAUAAAUAUGGUAAUAAAAUAUGGUAAUAAAUCUCAAACAUUCUGUUUUAUUUUAGUCUGGGGCGUGCACUCACAAAUUCGCGUUCGGCGGACGUGUAAUGUGUUUACAUGUCGCGUUCGGAAAACUGUUUGUUGGUCUUAGCUCUGGUUUUGUUGCAGUCAUAGAUUUAAAGGUAAGCAAUUGGUAACUAACUUUAUUUAUACCGAAUAUUGCCGUUCUGAACUGUUUUCCCUAGAGGUCUGGUAAGAGCAAUCUCUUAUUGGUCUAGUGUUAUUGCAAGAGGAAACCUAAAUUUAACUUUAUUUACGCUAGACAGCACUCUCAGUUUUAGACUGUUCUCCCUAGAGAUCCAGUAAGGGUCAUCACUUAUUGGCCCAGUGUUACCACAGGAGGAAAUUAGAGUUCCCGGAGAAAACCUGUGAAGUUUAGUACAAUCAAAGUGGAAGCACUCUUUCAGUCGGAAAAUGUAUAGCUUAUAAGUUGUCAUUACUCAUUAGUGAAUGCGCGUAUACAUGAAACUGUCUUUUACAGUUUCAAGUCACUGAAAGCACUCUUUUCUCAUCAGAAACUGAACCGAGCUAAAACGUCUUUGCUUGUAUCAAAUACUGUGUUUCCCAUUUGUUUUGCCGAAGUAUUGUUCAUGAUACAACUUCUCAUUGCAGACAAACGAGUGUAUUGAUCAGUUCAACUGUCACGAACCAAGUAGAAUUAGCUGUUUAUCAUCUGCGACUGAGGGACAACGCUCGCUUCUUGCCACAGGGUCAUUUGACUCCACCAUCACCAUCCGCGAUGAGAGUGUAAGUCCAUGUCAUUUGUCGACUAUGUGAGCUCUAUAUAUUUCUGGAGUAAGAACUUCAGUCAUGGGCCAUUCCAUUUAAUAUACACACCCCCCUGUGGACGAAAAUUUCCGAGGGGGGUUGAAAGAGCCGUUUCUGAGGGGUUGUGUGCAUCGGCAUCCUUUGAUCUUUGCGUUUUUUCCAAGGGUAAGGCAAAAAUUUAUUAAUUUCUGAAGGGGUGUUUGUGUCGGCACUUUGAUCUUUUUUUCUUAGGGGUUCAAAUUUUAUUGACUUCGUCCACAGGGGGGUGUGUACAUUAAAUGGAAUGGCCCCAUUCGGUCAAUGAGAAAAGUGAAGCCAAGAUGGCGGCCAUUGACGUCCAAUAUCUCUGAAGGUCGUAAACAGUUUCAAUACCAUCCCCCCCAGCUAAUUCCAGUAUCGCUAAACACGUUAUCAGUUCAUUAAACCAUAGUAUUAGUCUUUAGAAGAAGACAUUUAUUGAGCAGUAUUAAAUUACAAAUACAUGAAUUAUUAUAUUAGGUGUAGUGCUGGUCGCCUGUAAUAACCAUAGGGGCCUAAUCAAGACAAGCGGCCAGAGAUCAAAGUUAAAACACGAAAUUUGCAAACACUCCUUGCAACCUUGUGUCAACCCCGCAGACAAAAACAAGAGAAUGGAACUAGAACUAGACGUCAAUUUCUGCCAUCUUUGGCUUCAGAUUUCGACGCCAAUUCUUUCUACAAAAAUAGAUGGAGCUAUAGACUAUAGCUAUAGACUUAAUUUUGAUCUAAGCAAGAAAAACGAAAUCCACCACCACAACUAGAAAGAGCAUGUUAAAAUUAGUAACAUUGCAAAGUUCGGCCCAAAUGUGGUGCAUUUUCCCGCGCGUAAUACAAAUUUAUACAAAAUUUGCAAUUUUCCUCAUUUUACAACAUUUCGCAACCAAACUUUGCAAUUUUACUAAUUUUAACAUGCUCUUUCUAGCUGUGGUGAUGGAUUUUGUUCUUCUUGCCUAGAUCAGAAUUUAGUCUAUAGCUGGAGUUACCCAUACUGUGGCCUGGAUACUAGGCAUCUUCAUUGCAUCACUCUCAAAUUUCUUUUUAUUAGUCUGGCCUUUUAUUACGUCAUAUCAAAGAUCACAAGUUGACAGUGUUGUGUAUGCAAGUAGUGGAGAACAUUCUGUACAGUGGGUCAGCGGAUACUGUAGUUCAGUCACACAACAUCAAUACUGGGGAGUUGGUGCGUUCCUACACUGGUCACACCAUGAGUGUCAGCGGUCUACAGGCGCUAGGGGGAGUAUUGAUCACAUCGUCUCUCGAUAGGAUCAUUCGAUGUUUUGAUAUCAAGGUACGAGUGUCGCUCUGGUAAAGCCGAGAGUUGAUGAGCGU